GUAUAAAACUCACGUGCAAGGAAAAGAGAAGGAAGUGGUCGAGAUAAUUAGAUCUGUGGUUCUACACAUUUUGUCAGUACUGUUUUGAUCAACGAAACGGCCAUUAUAUUUCCUUUUUCGAAUUUAGCAGCUGAUGAUCAUACUGAAAUAGACAACGAUGGAUCUGGCAAACCGGCGAUUGGUCGUCAUUUUGUUGGUGCUUUAUAACGUGGUGUCGCUAUGUCGAGCCCAGUACCAUGGGAAGCUUGUUGGUACCUUUACUGAUAAGUCAACACAUGACAUAGCCGGGACAGUGUACGCAGAGGAUGAGACCACUCUCAGAAUCAUCGGCUUCAGAUAUGACGGUGCUGGUCCAGAUGCUUUCAUUUGGGCUGGAGAAUCCGGGGUACCAUCAGAUGAUGGUUUCAUCAUACCCGAUGAAGAAGGAAGAACGGUAAAGCUUGAAGCGUAUGACAACGUAGAUAUCAGCGUGACCCUACCGGCAGGAAAAACUGUAUCGUCUCUAGCUUGGAUCUCGGUCUGGUGUCGACGAUUUGCGGCAAAUUUUGGAGACCUGACUGUUCCCGCCAACUUCAUAGCCCCUGCCCCUCUGGACCUGGGGGCCCUCGGCUUCGCACCUCGUGUGCACAACACCUAUGCGUCUGCCGUGAUCAUCUUAAACGCAAAGCAGAUCCGAGUUGAGAAUCUGGUCUAUGAUGGUCAAGGACCAAGAGCAUAUUUCUGGGUUGGACCGGGAGGGACCCCUAACAAUGUUGGCGACUAUGAAAUUCAAGACGAAACGGGAAGUACUGGUGUUAUCAACGCGUACAACGGUGAAACGAUCACCCUUACCCUCCCCGAGGGUACAGAUAUAUUCGACAUCGGACACUUCGGGCUGUGGUGCAUCGCGUUCACGCAGGACUUCGGGCACGUCGACAUCCCUUCGCAAGGCGAGCUCAACAUCCCUCCAGCACCUCUCACCCCCGGCGGAUCAACGAGAUUGACGUUUCCAAACUGCGAGACGCUGGUCGAAGACGAGCUUCAAGUGAGUUGGAUGAUCAACGGCACCGACAUCGUCAUCCGACUGAGCAGCACCAAUGACACCGCCGACUACGCCGCGUUCGGUCUUAGUGGAUCGCCAACGGGUACUUUGAUGGUUGGCGGGGAUGUUGUAGUGACUUUCAUCGAUAAUAUGAAAGCUCCUCAGGCCGUUGACUACUAUCUUCAAGGCCAAGCUCAGUGUUCCCCUCAAAAUGGCGGUGGUGCCUGUCCAGAUACAAUUUCAUCAGCACAAGACGGUAACAACAACGCAGAAUUGGUUGAGUCAUAUUAUGAGGAGAACGGAGUCACAAACAUUGUUUACCGCCGACCUCUAGCUGCAUCUGACGCAACAUAUGACAAGGCUUUCACUACCGAUGGUCCAAUCUACGUCAUCUGGGCUCGAGGGCCUAUUAAUCGUGAUGGGCGUGUUGCUUACCACAAUGUACGACGAUCACUUAAGUCUUCAAAUCUCCAGAUCGAUUUCGGACGUCCUAACUCCACGUGCCCACCUCUCGGCCAGAAUGCUACUGUGCCACCCGUAACAGAUGGCUGGGUGAUCCCAGGAAUUGAAGAACUUGAAACAGCUACCUUCACCGUGGAGAUGGGAUUGUCUGGUGGAAGCAAAGGAUAUGAAUAUAUCACUGGCCGUGUUGGUUGGGGAAUCGCAUGGUUUAUCAACGGUCAGCUAAUUCCUGAGUUAACCCUGAGACGCAACGUGACCUACACAUUCCUUGUCAGUGGUGGAGAUGACCCGGUCGUUAGUGGUAACUAUCAUCCCUUCUAUAUUACUGAUGACGUCAACGGUGGCUAUGCGCAGCUCACCGAAGCAGAACGACAGGUGAGUUUGUCAUGCUGGUAUCUUCUGGCGCAGUUCGAAUGGCAAAAGGGCGCUCUUUCGAUUCGAUGAUUUCAUAGCUGUAAU